AUGCCUCUUCCGACCGCGUCAGGUUCUUCUUCUUCUUCAUCGUCCAAAUCCCACCGGGACUCGAGAUCCACAACAACAACAACCGGGCACAAAACGUCCACCCUCAGUUCCCCUCGCACACCGACACUCCAGGCACAACCACCAAAAAGACCGGCAGACUGGACACCCAGACACGACGCCUUUAUCCGCGAACAGGCCCGCAACGGCGAAGACGCAGAGAGUAUCCGCAUCCUCUUCGAGGUCGAGUAUCCCGGCGUCAGUGUGAGUGAGGCGUGGGUCGUCGAGAGGAUCAAGGUUACGGCGGCGGCGGUCAGGACUAGGUAG